UGAGCCGCUGUUUUAGGGAUGUCGGAAGUUUUUCUGCCGAAAAUCUCUGAAAUCGUGUGACGUAAUACGGAGGCCGCGAAGUUCGACAGGUGCGUCGAGAUUGAUAAUCUUGUACAAUAUUUUGUAGACGAGGAAAACCGAAACAUUUGCUCCAUACAAACGAUUCGAGACAUUAAAUUGAAUAGACAAGCAGUGUUGUGUUGUGGCCUUGUUGCCUUAUUUCAGUAUUUGAUAGAAGCGUAAUUGUAAUAGAACUGAUAGCAAUACUUGCAAGCUAUAAGGUACAGGGACCUAAGACCUUGAUCCUGGAAAGAUCUCAGUUAAAGUUGGGAUGAUGUUGGUCUAUGCAUGCACGUUUGUUAUUUGUAGGUGGAGAGCGUAGACUGAGAUUGCUUUGGAGAAGCAUGGAACAGGAACACAGCCUCAGGUCUGAUGACUGCUAGCAUCCGGCUGUGAUGUCCGACUCCGCUGAACCCGCGGAGGGUGGCGGUGGUGACCCUCCGGCCGCCGGACCCGAGGACGCCCCCGACCCUCCAGCUCCCGUCGCGGACACAGGGACCGGGCCGGAUACUGAGAGCACUACCAGCCGGGCGGGCACGGAGACGGGUCCGGACACCGAGAGCACCGCUGCCCCGGCGGAUACCGGGUCCGGAGCCGGAGUGGACACCGGAGCCGGAGCUGGAGCGGACACCGGGUCCGGAGCCGGAGUGGACACGGCGCCGGGGGCAGAUACGGAGACGGACACGGAUACCAAGAGUGAUGCACCGUCGGAAACGAAAGCCAAAGACAGAGUGAACCUGCUGCUGAAGGCGGCCGGAGACGCUCCGAUCAUGCGGCAGCGGCUGUGGAAGGUGGAUCCGGCACAGAAGGUCACCUGGGUCAUCCAGUUUAUCAAACGCUACAUCCGCAUGGAGCCCGAGGAGUCACUGUUCGUGUACGUCAGCCAGGCGUUCUCACCCGCACCGGACCAGACCAUCGGUAACCUGCUCGAGUGUUUUGGAUCAGAGGGAAAACUGGUGAUGCACUACUGCAAGACACAGGCUUGGGGCUGAGGCGGCUCGGGCUGUGUCGUAAGACGCGGGACUGGGGCUGAGGCGGCUCGUACUGUGCCGUAACUGCAGCUCCGGGACUGAGCCUAAACUGCUGACCCGGCUGUGACGCUAAGUCAGGCGGCAGAGUGGUGGGUGACACUCCCAAGUGAUGAUGAAGGAGGAAUCAGAAACUGUGAUCUGAGACUGCAGGCGUGUAAUUACUCUGGACGGUCAGAGAGACAUGGAGCUCACUGUGUGCGUCUCCAGCCUUGUGCGCAGCGGACGCUGGGUCGCGUCAGUUGUCAGAUCCGAGCGUGGUCUGUUAGAUCGCAUCUGCCAACUAGAGGCUGCCUCAGGGCAGUGUGCGCUGCUUCUAUGCGUCCGAUGUCGCACGGAGAAGCAUGAAAUGCAGACGGGAUGCAGUUCCUGUCCAGCCUUGAUCUAGCACUCCCGUUGGCUCCGUGCAUCUACAGUCCUCGAGAUGGUAUUCCUGAUAAGUGGCGCUGAGAGACGUGGGGAGCAGCUCAGUGUGGCCCAUGGAUGGGUGAGUGUGAUGGGGUCACGCUCACGAUUCCUUUUUUUGUGAGUGGUGUGUUCAGUGUUUCAUGUGUGCAUUGGUGCAUGUCAUGUCAAUCGUUAAUCAUCACGGUGAAUGCCUACAAAAUGCCAAUUAGUUGAAUGCAAUGCAUGAUUGUCGCCUUCCUCUCCGGCAAUUUUCAAAAGCAGUUAUAUUCAAGUCGAAUCCGCAUUGUUUCAUGUUGCAAUUUUAAGAAUAGUAAAUCUCUUCAGUGAUUUUGUUCCAUGCCGGCGGGUUUACUGAUGGUGAGUCAUUUUGUGAUAUGGCCGAUGAUUAGUGAUUGCCUUCUUCGUCGACUGUCCGGGUCUGCAGAUUGUAGUUUUAUUUAUGCCGAUCUAUGUGCUGGUCCGCAGCUCCUAUGGUGCGACUCGCAGCACGCCAUAGAGGUCAGUGUUUCCCAUAGCUAAUGGAUUAUAGCAAGGGGAAGAGAGUGCCCGUCAGUAUAUCAGCUUGUGUGGGUGAUUUUAGUGUAUUUUUGUCGUGCUUAGUGUUAUUUGUCAGUCAUGAUUGCGUUGUACUUGCAUUAUAAAGCGUUGAUUCAGAUAUUUAAAUAAAUAUAAGAUUGUGCCUU